CAGCGAAACGAGUACGAAUAUCAAAUGAGCAAGUGGAAGAAGAGGAUGAUGGUCAUGAAGUUGUGUGUUUUGAGAAAGUCAGUCACUGCCUAAUUCUCAUUGACCAUGCCACUCCUGGCCAGGAAAACAUUUGUGCCUAAGCAGCUGCCGCCGGACCUGAAUCCUGACACGGAGGUUUUCACGAUCAGUGAGACGAAGGAGGCGUUCACGAGCUACGAAGAAUUUCUUGCUCGUUAUGAGCAGUUGCGGCAGCCAGUAUGGUCCUGCUCAACAACGGGAAAGAUCAAUUUGACGUACGAACAGGCUUGCAAAAGCGAGCAGGCUGCGAACAAGCAGCUGCAAGCGUUCCCAGCGCACUUUCGUCGGCCGGCGCUGCUCUUCGUUCAUCACUGCAAGAGCUCUCUAGAGCCGAUCUUAGAUGAUGCCUACGAGGAGCUGCACACACGCUUUGCCGUGGGUGAACCGGUGGAGGCGGCAGUCGAGCCGAACGGGAAACAGCUGGACGCCGUCAUUCUGGAGAUACACGAACCGCCCGUUACCCCACCAAAGAGUGCCGACACGUCCAUGGAAGUUGCCAAGGCAACACAGGUUGGCCACGGUCAGCUGAGCUCUGACCCGAUGCUAAGCCCACCGGAGUUGGUCGUUAACGGCGGUGAAAAGCCUAACGUGGACGAUGCCACCACCUCGGCUGCCGCUGCUGCGUCGAAUGCUCCAGCAGCAAACGCAACAACAACGGCAUCGUCGACGAGUAGCGGUGCCAAGAUUGGCGAGUCCGAAGAUGAUGAAGACGAGGAAGAGAUGGAGCCAAGUCCUACCUAUUCAGUGAAGUUCAGUGAUGCAGCAGGCACCAUCAAACGUGAUGUGGACAGCGAUGACAUCACGCGGUUGAAGCGCGCCCCGACACGCGACACCAUUCGCACAUUCAUCAAGGGCUGCGCCCGUCGCGUGCGCUGGCGAGACAGCAACGUCUGGGUGGUGAAGGACGAGGUGGUUCGAGAGCUGGAUUUGCCUUGCAAGUACCCGGAGCUGACGUAUGCGGUCGUUACCAGCGCCAUGUCGCCAGUGAAGAGGCGUCGGUCCAGUCUAACCUCGCCCGGAGAGGCCAAGAAAGGCGGCGCAUCCGGCAGCAGCAAGCGUACGAGAACUCCCAAAGGUCCGAUGAAGCAGAUGACCCUUCUGGACAUGGUCACAGGAACUCCAGUUGCCAACCCACCGUCCAAGGCACAGCAGGCCAAGGCACGGUCGUCCCUCGGAGGCAACGAGGCUGAAACGCCGACCAAGCAGACCAAGAAGCCGAUGCCAUCCACACCGAAGACACCGGACGGAAAACCAGCAAAGCCAGCAAGGAGCCGUCCGUCGAAGGCCGAGCAGGAGAAGGCAAAGGCAGCGGCCGUUCCUGCCGUGCCCAAGACACUGCCAAUGUCCAAAGCCAACAAGACGAUCUGCGACAAGAUCAAGAAUCUCGACACAUCGCAGGACCAGCCGAGGGGCUACGUGUCCAGGGUGCUGACGCAGGCCGCGCGCACUCUCUCGACGCCCGAGCGCAACACCCUGCCACCCCAGCAGCGCAAGCUGGUCGAGGACAAGAUAGCGCAGCGCCUCAAGAUGGAAGAGCUGAAGAAGAUGACUCCUGAGGAGCGUAAGGCCAAGACUGAAGAGGAGCGAAAGAAGAAACAGGAGGAAAGGCGUUUAUUGAAGGUUCAGCAGCGCCUGAUUGAGAAGGAAUCUAACAGGGUGCGUGAGGACGACGAGAUUGAGCACGCCAAGCCGCUUCCGGACCUUGAGGCGGUCAGCCUACCCGCCGGCCUCUGCAACGAGUCGUUUGGCGACCUGGCGAUGGUGGUGGAGUUUCUGCACGUGUUCCAGCAGGUUCUGGCACCGCAGGCCACCGCACCCAUCGCAAGCGCCGGCUCUCUUGCGCAAGCACUCGUGAAGGGCUCCAAGGGAAUGGAUAUGCUAUCUGGUGUUCUCAUGUCAUUGCUGAAGAUUGUGUCGGCCGACCAGGGUAACCGCAAGGAGCUGGGCCUCAAAGUGUCCGCCAUGCCACUGAUGCCGGAGACAGCACCGGAACUCACCCGUCUUCUGCUCCUACCCUCGCAACUGCUAGCCACCAACGCCCCGACGGCCGGUGGCAAGAAUACAGCAGCAGCAGCAUCCUCCGCCCCCGCUUCCACAUCACCGGAGCAGACAACCACUGGGGACGAGACUCCGGACGCCGUUGACGACGGUGCAGUGAAAAGCGAAGACGGCGGCGAAGAGGAAAUGGACACGGAUGAGCCAAGUAUUGCCACUGCCUCCGCUGAUGCCAGCGCCGCACCAGCGUCGUCAUCGGCACAGGACGAGAAGACGCAGCAGAAGGAGAAGGAAGGCGCUGAGGAGAGCGACGACUCUGAGGAAGAGGAUUUCGAGGACGAGGAUCUCACGCCGCAGCUUGUUGAUAUUCUUGUACGUCUUGCCCACACCGACUUCCAGGACCUGGAGCCCACCGAUAAGCUACGGCUAUUGGUGGCUCUUUGCGGCCGUGUGUUGAGCACAACAGCCAUUCAGGAUUUCCAGGUGGAGAAGAGAGAUGACAUGCGACAAUUGUGGCGUACUCGCAUCGAGGAGGGCAAGGAGAAGAAAGAGAAGGAAGUGAAGGAGAAGAAAGAGAAGCAGGCCAAGAAAGAAGAACAGCUCAAGAAGCAACAAAAGCUCAUGAAGGAUGCCAUGGACAGCUUCAAAGUGUUCUCCUCCAAGUCUGACAAGGCGCAGGCGACUACCGCGUCGGCAACGGCAGUGCCUGCUGGUCAGAGCAACUCCGGCACAGAUGUUCAAGGUGAAGAUGCCGAUGCCGGCGGUGCAAAGGAGGCCAAUGAAGAGGAUACUCACGCCCAGCGUCGUCCAGCCACCGAGCGGCAGAUGGAACGGGAGCGCCAGCUAGCCAAAGACAAGGAAAGGCGUGAUCGUGAAGCAAAGGAGCUGCAGGCGCAGCGAGAAGCCGAACUGCGCGAGCAAAAGCAGCUGAAGUUUCUCAACGACAUUGAGAAUUGCAAGCGUGCAUUCCGCCUGAUGCCGCUUGGCUUUGAUCGAUUCCGUCGUCGCUGCUGGUCCUUCCACCCGUCCGUUCUGCCCGGUGUCUUCCUGGAAGAUGACUGGUCGCCGGAUAUGCCUGAAGUGCGUACGCACGGCGAGACCACGCUACAGAGCAGCACAACAACGACCACAACAACGUCGUCAACAACGGUGGGAAACACUUCGUCUGUUUCCUCCGUCGUCGUCGGCGACACAAGCUGCAGCUCUAGUGCCGCUGGCCAGAUCACCCUCACUACCAGCAGUUUGGAUGCCGCCGGCUCUUCCUCCACCAUGGCAGCAGCAUCGGCGUCGGCUGACGUUGCUAUGGAUACUGACGACACAAAGCCCGUCGCCAUCAGCCAAGCGCCCGCAUCAACAGCAGAUGGCUCAGUCAACAGUGCCAGUGCCAGCGGUGCUGGUGUUAGUGCUGGCCGAUGGCGUGUGUUCCAGUCGGUCGCCCAGUUUGAGCAGUACGUCGACUCCCUGACGCUCACCGGCGCUCGCGAGAAGGCUCUGCGAGAGGUGUUUGAGAAGCAGAAGUCUGCUCUCGUGCUGGCCAUCAAGAAAUACUCCAGCAAUUUCUUGUCCAAUGUGGACACGGCCAGUAGUGGUGGUGAAGAGGAGGAUGCUGCCAACGCCUCUGGAGAUCUGAGCACAAACAAACUGAGGGACUCGUACAAAGAGGAUUUGGUUGAGAUAGCACAGCGCCUGUACCGUGGUGGACUGGGAGAUCCAGGUGAUCUGGAGCUGUUCCAGGCACGCGUUGCAACCACAGAUAACAUGACGGACAUGCGCUCCUUGUUACUUGACGUGUACACAAUGAUCAACCCUCGCUUCACCCAGGGCAUCCUGUGCCCUCCGGAUGUGCAGGAGACACACCUGGCCAUGGCCAAGGUCGAGGGCAAGGAGAAGGGCUUCAAGAUGGUGCCGUGUCGCCUGGCCGAGUGGAAGCAGGCAGUGUCGGCGGCCGGUACUCUCUCUCGCCUCCACCUGCUGCAGGCCAUCCUGGACGAGUGCAUCCAGUGGCACAAGUCUGCAGAGAAUGCCCGUUGCAAGAUCUGCCGUAAGAAGAGCGACGACGUGAACAUGCUGCUGUGUGACGACUGCAACCAAGGUUUCCACAUCUACUGUCUGCGCCCUGUGCUGCACAAGAUACCCUCCGGUCAUUGGGCCUGUCCGUCUUGCCAGCCACUGAAUGCUCGCCGUACCGCACGUGGUGUGUCUUACAACGAGAACUCCGAGGAGGAGGAAGAAGAGGAUAACGAUGAAGAUGAAGAGGAAGAGGAGUCUGCCGAGUCCGACUCUGACGAAUCAGGCGCCGAGGAAGAGGAGGGCGGUGAAGAGGUGGAGGCUGAAGAAGAGAGCGACGCUAAUGAGGACGCAUGCACAACAUGCGGUGCGGCUGGUGAGCUCCUGUGCUGCGACACGUGCCCGCGUGUUUAUCACCUCGAGUGUCAUGUCCCACCGCUGCGACGAGCUCCUCGUGGCAAGUUUGUAUGUUAUCUGUGUAAGAACCCACGCCUGGCCACGGGUAGAGCACGCUUGGCCGCCAGUAGAUCACGCUCUCAGACUAAGAGCUCUCGCCAGGGAUCUCGCAGCCGUACAGCGUCUGCGUCCAAGAAAUCUCCUAGUGGUCGUCGUGGUAGUCGUCGUCGUGUCUACGAGUCUGAGGAGAGCAACAACGACGAUGAUGACGCCGACCAGACUGCUGAUGGCAGCCACGAGGAAGAAGAGGACGAAGAAGUGGAGGACACUAGGUCACGUCGUGGUGCCGCUUCAGGACGCAGGAGAGCUGUUAUCCAGUCCAACUCUGAGGAGAGUGACAACGACGGAGAUGAAGAGGAGGAUGACGAUGAAGAAGAGGAGAUUGAGGAGGCUAGUGACAAUACGGAUACGGAGGUGCAGCAGCCUGCCCGUCGCUCAGCCAGUGGCGGCAGCAGAUCUGCUAAACGCACCACCCUCCAGUCAAAGACCAACAAGUCUAAGCGACCUGGAUCCAGUUUGAGUUCGCGUGCCCCACCUGCCAAGCGUAGAGUGCGGCAACGUGUGAUGGACAGUGAUGACGAACGACCAUCACCGUCAUCAGCUACUGGGACUUCUCGACGCGGUGGCCGUGACUCGCACAAUCUCAAGGAGAUUGCUGGUAUAAUCAACAGUGUGAUUGCGCACGGAGACGCCGAACCGUUCGCUCUGCCAGUCAGCCUGAAGGAUGUACCAGACUACCUUGAGGUUGUCGAUGAGCCAAUGGACUUUGGGACCAUCAAGUCACGCCUGAAGAACAUGUUCUACAAUGAACUGGACCCCGUCCUGAAGGACAUCGCUCUCGUCUUCCACAACUGUGAUGCCUACAACCAUCACACGACGGACACGUACAAAUGCGGUGCGAAGGUGGAGCGCUAUUUCUGCAAGCUGCUCAAGUCACAGCUCAAGCCUGUUGCCACUCGCUACAGCACUGUUCUCUCCCGAUAGCUGACGGAUGGCAUGCAAGGCUGGCCGCCAUCUCCGAGAGACACUGAACACUCCGCGGGCACACGUUGACCGACGGUCUCUUCCCAGUUGUGCUCUUCUGGGGCUUACCUGUCCAGCCGUAUCGGCAAGGUUUCGCCGUCGCCUGCCCGUACGUGUAUCAAUAUGAAUGCUAUGCUGAUGAGGAUGAUCCUUGCCCGGCUGUACAUAAUCAGUUUGAGCACUAUGCGUAUGGUUUGUGGCCGUCUGUUCGACAUCGGUUCGAGCACUAUGCUUAUGGUUUGUGGUCGUCUGUUCGACAUCGGUUCGAGCACUGUGCUUAUGGCUGUUCGACAUUAGUUCUAGCACUAUGCUUACGAUGUGUGCCCGCCUGUGCGUUAUCAAUACGAGCACUGUGCUUAUGACUGCGUGUUACCGACAUGAGUGCUAUGCUUGCGCCCCUCGCGUUCAUCGCGGUAUUGUCCGCUACGGCCGUGCUCUCAGCUUAUUUAUUCCCGCGGCCACAGCGCUCACAUCCGUUGUCCUGUGCUCUCCACUCUGAACACACUGGUUGUGUUGACGCUGGAUUAGACUUGCUCACUCGCCGUGUUUGUGUGUGUGUGUGUGUGUGUGUGUAUACGCAUCUCGACACCGAUCUCAGUCAUCUGCUCAAUGCCGCUCUUGCUUCUCGAUUUGCUCUGUAUUUUUUUCUGUUUUGUUUUUGUGAUGUUGAACCUUUCGUUGCACCCACAUUUCCUCAUUUUUUCUUUAUGCAUUAAUAGGUGGUGAGUGCAUGUGUGUGUGUUCUAUGAAUGGUGGUGUGUGGAGUUGCUAUCACCAUGUGUGCUGACUGGUGCUGCCUGUGGCGCUCGGUAUAGUUAUAUUCGCGCCCGCCGUUCUGUGUACUGCACUGAUGCGGCUGAUGCUGCGCCCUGUACCCUCCGUUCAUCUCUCUCUCUCUCUCUCUACUCUCCGCGCUUUGCCGCAGAUCUCGUCUCGCGCUGCCGCCGAUAGAACAUGCGCGCGCGCGUGUGUGUGUGUGUGUGUGCGUGUGCACCUUUGCGUGCGCUUUUCCCCUCGCACCGCACAUGUUUGCCGGUGUCAGCAUUCACUCUGUGGGUGGGCGCGCGCGCGUGCAAUAGACCUCUUGUCACCUAUCCUGUCCCCCGCCGUACCUCUGCCCCUCCGUGCACUCUUUAACUUGUGUUGCUAUUCACGUUCGGUAUUUGUACCUCGUCAGCUAUUUCUGCAAGUAGACAUUAUAAUUAUCAUCACCUGUGUGUGUGUGUGUUUCUUGGUGAUGUUUAUAGUACUCGCAGUGCACAAUCAAUCCGAGCAUGGCCCUAAGAUGCUUGCCGCGCAUGUUUGUGAUUAUUUUCUUACGACGAGAAGAGUAAUACUGAUAAGGUGUG